AUGGAUUCAAAUUACAAUAAUAAUAAUUUUAUUUCAAAUGAAAUUAUAAAUAAUAUAAACGAUAUAUUAUGUGGAAGCAGUACUAAUAAUAAUAAUAAUAAUAAUAAUAAUAAUAAUAAUAAUAAUAAUAAUAAUAAUAAUAAUAAUAACAUUAACAAUAAUAAUAUUAGUAGUUAUUGUAGUAGUGGAGGAGGAGUAGGAAGUAGCUCUGGUAAUGAAACAGGAUGUGCACCACCUAUAAAUAAUAGUAAUACCUUUUAUGAUACUGAAAAAAACUGCUUUUCAUAUAUUAAUAAGGGUGAUGGAAUUAAUUUAAAUAAUAAUAAUAAUAAUAGUUUAAAUAAUUUAAAUAAUAAUAAUUGUGAAUUACAAUUUAUAAAAGAAUAUGUAACUAUUAAAUCAGAAGAUAUUUAUUUAGAAGGUAUUGUUAAUUUUAAUGAAAAAUCAAAAGGUAUAAUUAUAUUUGUUCAUGGUAUUGGAAGUAGUAGAUUUUCACCACGUAAUCUUUAUCUAUCAAAAUAUUUUCAAAAUAUGGGUUACUCAACAUUACUAUUUGAUAUAUUAACACCACAAGAAGAAAGAUUAAAUAACAUUACUGGUGAAUUUAAAUAUAAUUUAAAUUUCAUUUCAAAUAGAAUUUUAAAUGCAACUCAAUUCAUAAUUUUAAAUCAAAAAUUAAAACAUUUAGAUUUAAUUUAUUUUGGUAGUUCAACAGGUAGUGCUGGUAUAAUAGAAUGUGAAAAAAAAGUAUUAUCAUUAGGUAUUAAAAUUAAUUCAAUUAUAUCAAGAAGUGGUAGAUUAUCAUUAUGUAAUGAAAAUUCAAUUAAAUCAAUUAGUACAAGAAUUUUAUUGCUUUGUGGUGGUGAUGAUAAAGAAACAUUGGAACACAAUAAAAUAUUUUUAAAUAAAAUUAAUAAUAAUAAAUUAGAAAAGAAAUUAGCUGUAAUUUUAAAUGCAACUCAUUUAUUCCCUGAAGAGAAUGCUUUAGAAAAUGUUGCUUCAAUUUCUUUAAAUUUUUUAAAUUCUUCAAAUUUAUAA